GCGUUCCUCCAUUUGAUCUACUCUCAUCGUUUUAACUUUUCACGCAAUGUACAACAAUUCUGAAAGGAGGAAAUUUGACCCAGCGAAAUUUGACUUAUCGAAAUCAGCAAACUCGUCUGAGUGGCCUUUCCGUCUCAACUUUUACGACAAAUCCCCAUGGUAUGAAGUCUCUUUAGAGGAUUUUGAAAGAUACGCCCUGGAUCGCCUUCGCGUUCUUGCAGAAAUAGAGUCUUCUUUUGCACGUAACAGAUCUUGGGAGGAGUUGAAGAGUGUGACCACGCGGCAGUGCAAGGAUCACCUUCCUCUCAACAGCAACAGUGCCUCAACUGUGGAUACGCAGGCUGAAAGGAGGAAUGACCAUCUGAGCCACUUCGUACUUAGGCUUGCUUUCUGUCGAUCGGAGGACUUGAGGAGGAGGUUCGUGAAGGCAGAGACAGCUCUCUUCCGAGUGAGAUAUGAGAAUGAUGAUACAAAAGAGCGAGAGCUCUUUCUACAAUCACGGGACUUUAAAUGGACUGAGGUCAACUCUGAGGAAAAGCUAAAGUAUGCUAGUGAACUAAAGGGGCUCGGAAUACAGCAGCCGGAGGAAGGAGUUUCUACGACGGAGAGGCUUUACAAGGUGAGAUGGACUCAAGUGCCGGAUCUUGUCAAUAAGCGACGCGUCCUUCUCAAAGACGGCUGGGCGUACGUUCCCAGUAAAGAACAGCUCAGCAUCGUUCUGCGAGCAUUCGAGGCAAACCUUGAAAGUGCGCUCGAUUUAACUGCUCGGUCAAUAAUGCGCAUGGAUGGUGAUACACGCCUAACCGAAAUGCUCAAUCAUAUGUCUCGAGGAUUUGUCGCAGGGGUGGCUUCAGAAUACUCUUGUCCAGCCACAGGCGACGAGAUCAGAGCAGAUAUGGUGGAUGACCUCGCCAAACGACACUUCCCCUUGUGCAUGCGGAACCUACACGAAUGCCUCAUGCGGGACCGUCACUUGAAACAUUUUGGUCGGCUGCAAUACGGCCUGUUUCUCAAAGUUCUUGGUUUGUCGAUAGACGAAGCAAUUGCAUUUUGGAGGAAGGCUUUCAGUAAUCUCACGGACGACAAGUUCAACAAAGAAUACAAGUACAAUAUUAGACACUCAUUUGGACUGGAAGGGAAACGUGCCAACUAUCCAGCGAAGAGUUGUCAGCAGAUUCUCUUAGCAGACAAACCUGGACCUUCCGAUUGCCAUGGAUGUUCAUAUCGCCACUUUGCGCCGGACAACUUACAAACGAGUUUAUUAGCAACUUAUUCAUCACAAGGACUGACAUCGACGGAUCUGGCGGAGGUCAUGCGUACUGUGAAAGAAGGACACUAUCAUGUCGCCUGUACCCGAGUUUUUGAGAUCACUCAUGCAGCAGCUGGAGUCAAGAAAGGUGAUGGAAUCGGAGAAGGGGAAAGUGUCACGCAUCCAAAUCAGUAUGCUGCAAAGAGCAUAGAAAUUGAGAAAGCGCAGCAAGGGGACGCAAUGGUCGUAGACUCUACUGUAUGACUUGGACAGACUAACAUAUCAAAUAUUGUUGUAUCUAUGGAGUUAAGCGGUGUUUGGUGUCCUUGAGCUAUAUUAGAAGGACCCCGCAGCUAGCAUGAC